CUUCGCCAAAAACGAAGACUCUCCCACCACCUGAACAACCAUCCACAUCUACCCGCCCAUAACACCGCACAACGUGCUCGAUCUGCCAAGAUGAGCUACAUCACCCGUCGUGCGCUGUCCACGCUCAUCCCUCCCAAGAUUGCCUCUCCCUCUGGCAUCGGCGCCGCUUCGGACGCGGUGCGCAUGCAGAAGGUCGUCUCGUUCUACGAGAAGCUGCCGCGCGGGCCCGCCCCAGCGGAGAAGUCGACGGGCUUGUUCUCGUGGUACAAGAACAAGUACUUCAAGCGCGGCAAUGAAUCUGCAGCACCACUGGCGCAUCUGAUCAUCUUCUUCACGCUGCUCGGUUACGGCCAGAACUACUACUUCCACCUGCGGCACCACAAGAACAACGCUCACUAGAGUAGAGCAUGCAGGGGUGAAUCAAAUUCCGUUUGUACAAAGAAUGCACGGCAGAACGGGACGAGCGAGUGAUGGAGGGAAGGAAUGCAUGACGGCAAAGUGGUGGUGUGUACAAAUACUCUGAUAGACGCUGCAAACCGACCACGCACAUUCGCCUGCACCUUGA